UAUUCAUUUUCCAGUGGCUUGUCUGCACAGUAGAGUCGGACAACUUAGGCGAACAAAUCGAUGUCUUUCAUCCAAUUAUCAACUGGGUUUUUGUCCUUUUAUCUGAUCCUGCUCUUAUUCUCAUCGUGACAUUAAUGGCUGUGGUCCUCUCCUCUGUUUCAGUUUCAGUCUCAGUUUUCCUUUAUUUUUUUUAACCGCGAUUUCUGAUCCUUGUUUCUAUGCGUUGAUGUCUGCAUCUCAGUCUGAUAGAGAGAUAUCCAAAUUUGGUGGCAGAGUAGAUCACCACCACUACGACGAUGACGAUGAUGAUGAUGAAGAAGAAGAUAAGCAUGGUGCUGGGUCCUCGGGCAGAGGUAGUAUUGACGUCAACAAAAAGAAUAAUGGGAAGGAGAAGGAGAAGAAGCAGAGAAGUGGAUAUGGGUGUGAAGGAAAUUUCGCUAAAGCAAAGGAGGUGGUCCUCCUUCAGUUUACGAUGGUCAAGAAAUAUCUAAAGCACCGCUGGGCAAACUCCAAUAAGAGGCCUUCUCCUUCUUCUUCUUCUUCUGCGAAUGCUACUACGAGAACAGAGCGUCAGCCUCGUCUUCUCAACAAUUGUUCACAUUGGAUGGGAAAUUGGAAGCAACCUUAUGAUCAAGGUCUGUGACACGUUUAGCUUUGGGAGUUUCCUCAUUGUUCUUUGAAGAACUAUAUGCGGCUUGUUUUGGACAUAUAGAAUUCAAUUGUAAUACCAGAGGAAAAUUUUGGAUACAAGUAUAUUCGGACUAGUGGAACUUAGAAGGAUACAUUCAUUAUAAGAGAAAAUUCAAGUGUACAAUGGUUCACUGUUGGUGUGGGAUAUUUUGGUGAUACCUUUGCAAUACUUCGAAUUGUAUAGAAUUUUAUUUUGUCCAUGAAUCUUGUUUCUUUUGUAUAUGAGAUGUCUCCUGAUUCGUGGGCUGUGUUAUUGAUCUUUUUGAAUACACUGACUGAAUUAAGCAGGUUGUAUGUUAAUUU